AUGGCUACCAGUGACGUAUCCCAGGCCGGCUAUGAUGCCCCAAAUCAUGUUGUGGGCGCCCUCAUCCUCGUUACCAUCGAGGUCUUGAAGAAGGAAGACGUCUUCAAGCCCGACUCAGAGAUUCACAAUCUCGGCCUUGUUCUCUUCAUGUUUAUCCGAUGGGGUCGUGAGCAGUCGGACUAUGGCGUCGACGAAGAAAAUUGGUCUUGGAUCUACAAGAUCAUUGACCUCGCCGAGGAGGCUGGCAUCAAACUUACCGCACCGCAUAACUUCGAGGAGGACCGAGAGGAUAUCAAAGAUCAUCGAGAGGAAUGGGCUCAGUGGAUGGGCAAGUGGAACAACGUGAAAUGGAACUAUAGAGAUGAUAAGGGGUCUACCAAGCUCGGGGGGCACGAGUUUGAUAUCACCAGAAUGAGCAAGGCUGAGAGACAACAGCAUUCACUCAGGUAA